AUGACGAAGCCGCGAAAGACGCUCAGGCAGGCACUGCGAGACUUGCUGAGGCGUACCAAGGACACACCAACCAACAAUGGGCACUACUCCUCGCCAGUAGGCUCCGGCAUUCUCAGAAAAGCACCAUCGAUAGUACCGCAGAUCCCUAGUUUCUCAACAGUCUCCGUCUUUUCUGACUUUAGCACCGUCGAAGACAAUGUCGUCUACACACCAUCGUCAUGGUCCGAGACACCGGCAGCGUUGGCCCCGCCAGCAAACACCAGCUCAGAUAGGCGCCUUCUGCCCGCCAAAAGUAUGUCUCAAAUCAGCCUCAGCACAGAUUACCUCGACCCUGGGGGUCCUCAACAGGUCUUGUAUGAAUCCGUCCCCAGCGCCUACCGUGUAGGCGCAAGCCGACAGGCGAGUCUAGCGUCGAUCACCACUGCAUCGGCUGUGAGCCUCCGACCGCAGUCGUCCGUGUCGACGCUGCGCAUCCGCAAGUCGGCAUCGUCGCUCGCUCCAAGAGACCAACCUAGCAUUCUAGCACCACCGAGCAUCCAGCCGCGACCUUCCACUCUGAGAACGACACCCAGUCUAAAGCGAUCUUCGCGGCGUGAACCUGGCACCAGUCGGAACCGAGAUCGUCUGUCUGCAUCGGGCUCCGCCCUGCAGGCCCCGAGUGCACCUCCAGCAAGACCGACUGUUGACCUGAAGCGAAGAAGGACGCCAUUAUCGCUGGUGGAGCAUUUCAAAUGCUUCGUGGUUCUAGACACCGCCAGACAAGGUUGUCCAGUAAGCGGCACAUCGGCUGACCUAAGAUAUAUCUUUGACAUCGGUGAGAACUUUGUGCUCAACAACCAAGAGUGUGAAGGCAAUUCGAUGGACAUUGUGUCGGGGCUCGAUGCGGCGGGGAACGAAGUCCUUCACUUGGUCCUCUUCACGCCGUUAAUAGUGCCGAGUAGCGGCCGGCAUAGGUUUAUGCUGGUAUCCCUGAUUGACGUAACGGACUUUGUUGCCGAGAGCGCGAAUCAGAUACCAGAGCUGGACACUAUAUCAGAGGAAGCAUCUUUUACCGACGAAAUAGCAACACCGUCGGCCCAAAGCAGUCCGCAUUGGUCGACACUCAGCUACAAGCUCUCUGCGGAUGAUUUGUUGAGCGGAUGUUCGUUGCAAGAAGACGACGACGACUUUGCGCAGAGCAGCAAACGAGCCGACGAAGACAUUUGGUUGGCAUUAGCAGCGACCGAAGGCGGAUUCAGGCCGAACCGGCCUAGAGUGCAUGGAUCAAGUCGGUCCUCACAGGCAUCUCCCGCGCGAAGUUCCGUUCCAUCACAUGCGAGCACGACAGAUGAUAUACUCGACGACUUCAUGUCACAACUGCAGGAGUUAUACUCGGACUUUUUCCUGCUGGGACGGAGCCCGUUGGCUGAUGAUGCGUUAGAGAUAUGCAACAUCAGCCCGCGUGUUUAUCAGUCUCGCAGUGACUGGAUGGAAGGGCAUCUGUCUCACACUGCACCUGUCGUGAUUGAGCAACUCAGUAUGAAGUUGGGCGGGGUGGAGCCAUUUACCAUGAGGGUUCGUUGGGGAACACGGGGGUUGCCGAAGCAGCUAUACUGUAGUCCACUAUACGCUGGCCACUCUAUCACGUGGAUCUGCUACCUGGUAGACGAGCUGAUGCCACUGCUAUGGUAG